AUGAUCAAACAAGCAAGGGAAACUUCGCUCAAGAGCAAAGCCAUGGGCUUGCUGAUGAAUACUUUGGUUUUUCUUUGGAUUCCCCUGCUCUCACAUUUUUCAAUCAAGAACGGUAGAGUUUUGCGAAAGAAGAAACAGAAACUUGUACAAAUAAGUUGCUGGACUAAAGACAUGAAGUUCCCCGCGAUCAACAACAAGAAUUCCAGCGAUGCUGAAGAUGAGAUGAAAACUGAAGUUAUUCCAACCGUUAUGAAGGAGAUCCUGAGGAGAAUUACAAGGAUAGAGACCAUGCUUGCAAUCAUUAUCGAAAAUGACAGAAGACUAUCGGAGGAGAUGGAUCAGGUCAAAGAACAAGUGGAUGAAAUUCUGGAGAUAAACAGGGAACUGCUCAAUCGCAUUCCUCCGGUAGACUGA